AUGAAAUUCCUAUUUACUGCACUGAAACUUUUCUAUGACUUGGACCCGAAAUUGAUAUCUUUUCCUACUGUGAGUGAUAAAGAUAUUGAUGAGAUUAAGGCACAAAGAAAAACUUGGGAAGAAGAUGAAUUGAUAUGCAGAUGGCACAUUCUCAAUACUCUUUCAGAUUGUCUCUAUGAUCUCUACACAUUAAUAAAGUCACCGAAGAAGAUUUGGAAUGCUUUAGAAGCAAAGUACAAAACUGAGAAAGUAGGUAUGAAUAAGUUUAUUAUUCAAAAGUAUUUUGAUUAUAAAAUGCUUGAUAAUAUCUUAGUUUUAGAUCAAGUGCAUGAGUUACAAAUUUUGGGCAAUAAACUCCAAGAUUUGUCAAUCAAUAUUCUUAAAUCAUUCCAAGAGGGUGCAAUCAUUGCGAAACUCCCACCAAGUUGGAAUAAUUUUAGGAAGAAGCUUCUGCAUAUGUCGGAAGAUCUCACUUUAGAACAAUUCGGACAGCAUCUUCGAAUUGAAGAGGAAAGUCGGGUUAGAGAUGUGACUAACACCGAUUCUAAAGUGAAUGUGAACAAUGUGAGCAAUGUUCAAAGUGGGAGUUCGAGUAAGACCAAUAAGCACUUGAAAGUGAACAAAAGUGGGAGUGGUUUCAAGAAGAACAACUCCAAGAAUCCCAACAAGGACAAGAAGAACCGAGCAUAUUUCCAUUAUGGAAAGAAAUGCUAUUACAUUUGCGAAUGUAGACUCUUAAAAAACAAGAAAAAGGAUGAAGAAGGCAAUAUCAUUGAAACAAAUGUCAUUGAGGACAUUGUUGCUAUGUUUGAUUCAGGUGCAACGGUGCAUGUGUGCAAAAACAAAGAGCAAUUCAAGACUUAUGAUGAGUCUUCCAUAGAACAACAAGUGUUGAUGGGCAACCACAAUAAAGUAAAGGUUCUUGAAAAGGGCACCGUUGAAGUGAAGAUGAGUUCCAACAAGGUGAUGAUCUUGACCAAUGUUUUUCAUGUACCCGAUAUCAAGAAGAAUCUUGUGUCUGCCAAUUUGUUAUAUAAAAGUGGUGUAAAAGCUGCACCUGAAUCGGAUAAGUAA